UGUCUAAGUCUAUAGCGAUAGAAGAAAUUACAUUUGGUAUAUUUAUGAAAGAUAACAACCUAGAAAUGAUUAUUAAUAUUGUUAAGUCGCAAGCUAAAUUGUUCAUACAUACAAGUCAAAUUCUGACCGUUGACCCCAAAUUCAUAAAAUGAAAAAAAUAAACUAGAAUACUAAAAGCCCUGAAAUUAUUGUCUUUAUUGGAGAAAUUUCAAUUGUUAUCCGUGAGACAUUUUUAUUUUUAAUUGUUUUAAACAAUUUACAGCAUAAACAAACGGCGGUGUAGCCAUGAUCGUAAUACGCAUGCGUAUACUGCCCGCCAUUUUAAGAGAGCAAUCUACGGUACGCCGUCAGGGACAUAACACACUCCCACUUUGCCUUUGUGGUUUAUCGAUUAUAGGUUAUCAAUAACCCUAAUAUAAAUCAUAAUGCUGUCCAGAGAGGCACUUCUAUGAUUUUCUGCGACGAUCUCUCGGUAUUUAUAUCGAUUCUACUUUAAAAUCCAGUCGUUUGCUUCCGCCUCCAAUGCAGCAGGGGGCAGCUUCCCCCUCCAAUGCAGCAGGGGGCAGCAGAGCCUCGAUGAGCGAAAACAGCAGAAGAAGAAAAGUGUUGUUAUUUUAGCAAUGGCGGCUAACCUUUAAUGGCGUGAAGAAAGCCAGACUGAAGGACUUGUUUGCGUCCUAAAGAUAAUAUUCAUCAUCAUAAUUAUAUUACUAACCUUCGCUGGCGUGAAUAAAGCGAUACUGAAGGACUUGUUUGCGUCCUAAAGAUAAUAUUCAUCAUAAUAAUUCUAUUACUCGCUGGCGUGAAGAAAGCUAGACAAGAGAAGACUGAUAAGAUAAUAUUCAUCAUAAUAAUAAUAGUACUAAUAUUCUUCAUCGUCAUGCCGCUGGGUCUGAAGCCGAGCUGCUCGCAGUGCAAGAGCAACUCUUCGUCCAUGUGGAAGAAAGGCAGCCAGGGCGACAUCUUGUGCAACAACUGCGCGGUGAAGAGCAGCUUCGUGGCCGCAGGAACUUCCUUCACCUCCGCGGCCUCCGCUGGAGCCUCCAGUGGGUCCGCAGGCAGCCCCGCCAUGAAGCAGUGCAAACAGGAGAUCCACAGAAGGUCAGCUCGUCUGAGGAGCACCAAGUACAAAACUCCUGCGUCUGACAAGAAAGUUUCCACCAAAGGCAAAGGGAGAAGACACAUUUUUAAAUUGAAGAAUCCAAUCAAAGCUCCAGAAUCUGUAGCAACCAUCAUCACUGCAGAGUCUGUCUUCCAUAAGGGUGUGUUCUACCAGAUCGGGGACGUGAUCAAGGUGAUUGACGAGGAGGACGGAAAGUCGUACUUUGCUCAGAUCCGAGGUUUUGUCCAGGACCAGUACUGCCAGAAGAGUGCUGCUCUCACCUGGCUGCUGCCCACUCAGGCCAGUCCUCAAGACCACUUUGAUGCUGGGACCUACAUCCUGGGUCCAGAAGAAGACCUGCCCAGGAAGAUGGAGUACCUGGACUUCGUAUGCCACGCCCCCUCAGAGUACUUCAGGUCCCGCAGCUCACCUUUCCCUACACUGGCCUGCAGGGCAGAGAGAGGCUACAUCUGGACUCACAUCACACCCUCACCUGGCAGCACACCUGUGCUGGCCCUCAAGGAGGCUGUGGGCGGGGCCAGUUAGCGGUAGCACCUGCUAGCUGACAUGGACCUUUUGUACAGUCCUGUUCCUGGUCCUGGUCCUAGUCCUGGUCCUGGUCUCACCUUCAUGGCUCCAGCCAGACCCAGCAGUCAAAGACCUGCAGAUUUAAAGUGUUGUUGACAAAUACAUCAUCUAAAUGUUUUGUUUACUAGUAAACAAUGGGUGUUGUUGACAAAUACAUCAUGUAAAUGUUUUGUUUACUAGUAAACAAUGUGUGUUGUUGACAAAUACAUCAUGUAAAUGUUUUGUUUACUAGUAAACAAUGGGUGUUGUUGACAAAUACAUCAUCUAAAUGUUUUGUUUACUAGUAAACAAUGUGUGUUGUUGACAAAUACAUCAUGUAAAUGUUUUGUUUACUAGUAAACAAUGUGUGUUGUUGACAAAUACAUCAUGUCAAUGUUUUGUUUACUAGUAAACAAUGUGUGUUGUUGACAAAUACAUCAUCUAAAUGUUUUGUUUACUAGUAAACAAUGUGUG